AUGGAUGAAACAGGCUCGGGUGUGUCUAAAAUCCAACAGAUGUUGUGCGAAGCUGUAGAAAUGAACGACAUAGGCCAAGUGAGGUUCAUGAUAAAACACGUGCCAGCAAAGAAUAUCAACUUAACUUCGAAUACUGGACUGACAAUGCUUCACCGGGCGUGCAAAAAAGGCCAUCUACAAAUGGCUAGGAUACUUGUCGAAAAUGGAGCAAUGGUUAAUAAGCCUGACAAUGAAGGUAACACCUGUCUGCAUUACGCCUCUAUGAAUGAUGAUGUCGAAAUGGUACAGUUUUUAUUCGAUUGUUGUGCAGGUGCCUUUGUCCGUAACAACAACGGUGCCUUGCCAGUCGAUAUUGCUCCCUCAAACUCGACAAUGGAGCUUAUUUCGGAGAGGAUGAUGAGGGACGGUCAGACAGAAUUUGUAGCCUCGUGUCAGCGUAUGAACUCCAUGAGUCAGUUUUCAAAGAAACCCCACUUGAAUUUACGAAAAGACAACAGCGAGACACGGAGAAUUUCGUUACCAGGUCUGGCUAAAAUCGAAAAACACAAGGACACGAGGAUACCCAGCGAUAUAAAUCAUAAAAAGAGAAGAGUUUCUGUUGAAUAA